UUCUUUUAUUUGCAGGUAAGCGCUGAAUAUGUAAUAAAAACUGAGGAAAAUUUGCGGCAGUAUCGUCAAGAGUGUGUUGCAGAACUUCAAGUACCGGACGAACAUGUUCAGCAGUUUAGAAAUAGGCAAUUUCCCAAUGAUUCAAUUACCCAGUGCUAUCUUAAAUGCAUUUUUAAUAAAUUCCAACUGUUCGAUGACGAAACUGGCUUCAAUGUAGAAAGCAUCCAUCAGCAGCUGCAAGGUGCACAGGUAGCGCCUCCCGGCAAUGCCGAUCAUGAUGAUGCUCUACACGACAAGAUCGCCGCCUGUGUUGACAGCAAUGAGCAGGGUUCGAGUGCCUGCGAGUGGGCCUAUCGUGGCAGUGUUUGUGGCAUGAAAGCGAAUCUACAAUUUAUCAAAACAAAUUAAUCAAAAAAUAUUUAGAGGCCGCUCAAAGUUUCCCAUAUAUUUUAUAAGGGAAAAUACUAUU